UUUCUUUGUGCUCAAUGCUCCUAGUGCUUAAAAACAGACUAGUUGUGUUAUUUUUGUUGUCUUGCUGCAAAAUGAAAGAACUUAUGCUUUAACUUCAUUUAAAGAAGUUAUGGCUUUAACUCUCUCAGGCUCAAAUUAAGUUUUAGUAACUUAGUAAAUUUAGUAACCUAUAGUAAAGAUUUUAGUACUCCAGAUUCAUAAAAUAUGUAUCUGGAGUAAUAAGGUUUUUAGUUACUUUACUGUUGCAAAUCUGCAACGCCUGCCUUGAGAGGGUUAAUUUACUUGUACAAGAUCAAUACGCCUGUUGUGCACAGGGUAUAAGAGAUAGAAGUGCAGUCGCACAAAGUGGAUUGCAGCUGAAAAAGCGAAUAGGAGGUGGUUCAAGAGGACUUUUUAGCUCGAUAUUGACAUCAAAUUGGUUAAUUUCGGGUGUUCAGCAUGCAAAUUCUGCAUUGUUAUAGCAUAUAUCUGUUAGAAGCUUUGUAAGGUUGUUAAAAUUUUAUGAGUGCAUUAAGUGCAACCGGCGCCCUCAAACAUUUUCUCUUGGGUCCUGUCAUCUCAGUUUGCAGUGUGCGAAUUGGAGGAGGAUGCUGGCCUUGGGCGACUGGCAGGUAAACUUGGUCUCUUUAAAUGUGCUGAUCAUAAGAUUAGAUAUUUCUGAAGGAUUAUGUGACAGUAAAGGCUGGAGUAAUGACUGAUGAAAUUUCAACUUUGCCAUAGUAGGAAUAAGUUACAUUUUAAAAUGUAUUAGGAGACUUUUUACAAAAAACAUUAAAAACAAUCUUACUGACCCCAAUCUUUUGAACAGUAGUCCACAUCAGGAAGGUCAGUAGAGCCUAAAACCGAACAACCAAUAUGCAAAGCAAGACCCAAAUUGUGUCAUUAUUUCAGAUGUACUGUAUCUGUACAUUUUCCAAUUAGAUCUGUACCUGUUUGAUUCACCAGGUCAUCCUUGCCCUUCCCUCAUACACACCUGUCCCAGGACACAGGAACAACAUUGUUAACACAAUGAGGCUCUGGUCCAUGUGAAUUCCACCUCAAAGACUUUAAUGUUGGUGGUUACAUCCAGGCCGUUCUGGACAAGAAUCUAGCUGAGAACAUCUCCUGUGUGCUUUACCCUAAUGACAAUUUUUUUGAGGGGAAAGAGUUGCGUCUGAAGCAGGAGUAUUUUGUGGCGGCUGCGACUCUCCAGGACAUUAUCCGCAGGUUCAUAGACUCCAAGUUUGGCUCGACUGAGGUAGUGCGCAUGGAUCUGACCACACUGCCAGAUAAGGUUGCUAUACAGCUGAAUGACACUCAUCCUGCGCUGACCAUCCCUGAACUGAUGAGAAUACUGAUGGAUGAUGAGAAACUAACCUGGGACACGGCUUGGGACAUCACUGUGUGUACUUGUGCUUAUACUAACCACACUGUGUUACCAGAAGCUCUGGAAUGCUGGCCUGGCGACCUGUUCCAAAACCUUCUGCCCCGUCACCUAGAGAUCAUCUACGAGGUUAGCCGACGUCACCUGGAGAGGAUCUCUGCGCUGUACCCUGGCUAUUAUGGUCGUUUAAGACGCAUGUCCCUUAUUGAGGAGGACGGACAGAAGAAGAUCAACAUGGCUCAUCUCUGCAUCGUUGGCUCUCACGCAGUCAAUGGCAUGGCACAAAUCCACUCAGACAUUAUUAAAGACACUGUCUCCAGCUGCCACCAUCCCCUUCAUUCCCCGUCUUUGUUCUCUCUGAAUGUUUUGUCUGUAUUGUGGGUGACAACACACACCAAACAGUCCUGCUGCUUCCCUUGAAGAGUGACAAAAUGAAAUAAAGUGAUUAAUCGCUGUUUCUGAUAUUUGUAAGUAUUCUUAUGGUUGUCUUUCAGGUGACUUAAUACAGAAUGGUUAAUGUACACUAUCAUUGAAAAGUGAGCUUAUGAAUGCUGCAUUUAUUUAAUAAAAAUACAGUAAAAACAGUUAUAUUGUAAACAAUUAUUAUAAUUUAAAAUAUAUGUUUUUGUUUUUUAUUGUAAAAUAUUUAAAAAUGUUAUUUAUACCUGUGAUGGCAAAGCUAAAAUUUGUUACAGUAUAUAGUAUUUUCUCUCACUUUUGAUCAAUCCUGCAUCCUUGCUGAAUGAAAGAAUUAAAAACUUGACACACACACACACACACACACACACACAGA